CCAAUACCUCGAAUAGUUAGUUAAUCUGAUACAUCCACAACAUCUUAUCACUACUCCCCUAUUGUGACUUCCUUUUUGAGAGAGCGAAGCAGGCUUCAAGUGACCUUCAAUAAUAAGUUAACAUUUCAUUCAACUCAUAGGAAGUUGAACUUAUAUCAUCCCUUUCACCGACAUAUUUUGCAAUAUGCAUAUUGAAAUCACCGGAAAACUGCUUGUUGUCGUAACACUCUGUGUGUCCUCCUUACGAGGGACAUCUGCCGCUUCGACUCAUCGCAGAUACCGUCGACAAGUUCCUCAAGAAUGGGCACAUGCCAAGGAAGUGCGUCUGGUUGACGACAUGCUGAAGCUUGGGCCAAAUCCUUUGGAAUUCAAACAUCCAAUCUACAGUUUACUUGGUCUUAAAGCUGCAGCAGAAGGGAUGGGGAAGCUUGAGCAAAGCAGCCAUGACUGUUUCCAGAAGCUCGUGGCUGAUCAAGCUUUCUCGAAUGCAAAGAAGGCAGGCAAGAAGGAGGGCCAGGAAGCUGCUAUAAUUUUUGCAUCCGUAGAAAAAAAUACCAAGACAGUCGGCGUGGCUAGUCCCCCCUGUAAAACUAAGAAGAUGGAAAACCCUGAGAUCGAGAGAUUGAUACAGCAUCAGGAUGCUGCAUCGCCAGGGGCUGCUGAAAAUAAUAAAAAGUCAGCCUUGUUAGCUGCGCUUUCGUUGAAAGAAAUCGGCAGUGAUCCUAGUAUAGCCCUUCGUACAGGAACAUUUAAAGCUGGCGAUCCAAAAAGUCCCAACAAUGGUCGCGGUGGAAGUUGUGAUGAGGAAAAUGACGCCGAGGGCUGUAUCUAUAGCAAAAAGCUUCUGGUUGAGGAUGUGACUAAAGCAGAAAUUGACGAGUUUCUCAAAAACAAUGGUGGCUCAGGGGGGACUAAAGAGAGCGGAUCAACUGAAAAGGAUAAGAAGCCUGAAAGUCCAGCAGGCAAGCCAAGUACGCUUACCGACGUAGUAAAGAAAGAGGGCGGCGGAGCAACUAAGGUGUUGAAAGAUGCCAAGGGAAGCAAGGCUGGAGACGCAACCAAGAAAGAGGAUACGAAAAGUGUAGUCUUGAAAGAUGAAAAACCAAACAAAACUGGUGCAGGAGGCCAAGGAACGGCUGCAGUUGAAAAAUCAGCAGCAUUGGAGAAGACCGAGAACUCGGGUACAACAGCUGAGCUAACACUUGUCGAUGAAUCUGGGAAGGCGGAUAACUCGACUACCAAGCCUGAAACCACGCCUACCAAGCCAGACACCACGACUGUCAGUCUGGCUAGCACUGAAAAGUCAACCGAAGAAAAGGAGAAGGAAGAGAAGGAGAAGAAGGAGAAGGAAGAAAAGGAAAAGAAGGAGAAGGAAGAAAAGGAGAAGAAGGAGAAAGAUGACAAGCCAAAGGAGGCUGACAAAACAAAGGAUGAUAAAACACAACAGACUGGUCAAGAAAAGAGUAAGACUAAAACUAAUAAUUAGACAGCUAACUGAGGCAUUAGCUUGUAGGCAAGACAAGAGAACUAUCAUGAUAUUCUUGUUAGUUUCACUUCAACAAACUUUCAAAUAACUUUGUAUGUAAUUUAAAUCCCUCAUAUCUAAUCUUCUCAUUCCACCAAUGAAAAUUUUCACUGUCAUCUUCCCAGAAUGAAUUAAUGAUAAACUUGUUUAAAAUAAGUCAAAUGAUUACAAUUCUUCAUUUGUUAAAACAACUAUUAUAAAGAUAAAGGGAAUGAUUGAACUCUUAUACAUUGUGAAACAAGUCGUGC